AUGAAGGCACUCCCAAUGGAGGUAGACCGGAUGGGGGAGAACAAGGAGAAGAAGGAAAAGAAGAAGACAAACGGCACGGGGACUCUGCUGAAGAGGAAGGGCAGCACAUCCGCGAAGGAGGACGCCGUGAGGAAGAUUCUUAAAAAAUUGAAGCGCAUGGGUUCGCUGGGGGGGCGAGAGAAAGUGAGCAAGAAUGGGGAAGGUCCACGGAAGAUGACCACAAGGGAGGCAACCAAAUUGAAAAAGGUCAUCCUCAGGUCGCUCGACGGGAUGGACGAGGAGGAGUACGACGAAGCCAUACGGUUAGCACAAAACAAAGCCCUCCUCGCGAAGAAGCGAAAAGAAAUAAUGAUCGAGGUAACCCCCAGUGAAGGCAACAACGCAUGGCUGGAAAAAUUGGACCUGACUUGUUCAGAAAAUUUUUACUUAAAAAAAAUGAAAUUAUUUGGACAAUGCCAAGAGAGGGAAAAUGAAUUUUUAAAAAUCACACAUGAAAACGUAGUAGAGGGUCUGAAGAAGCUCCAAGAUUUACACAUUUCCUUUAACAGACCAUACGACUUUUUGGCCGACAUGAUUAAGAGUGACGUGCACAUGGAAAGAGUUAGACAAAAGAUUGUGAAGGAUCACGAACGGGUUGAAGAAAAGGAGAAAAAUAAAAUAAAAAGAAUGAACAAAAAAUUUAAUAAAAAAAGUGGCUCUGCAAAAGUAGCUAGCCAAAUGGAAGCUAUAGAAAAAAAAAAAAAUUUGCAAAAAAUCGACCAGCUGAGGAAGGAAGAUAAACUUGAGACGCUCAACGUGCAGGAGUUUUUUCUUAAACACUCCAAGUCGGACCAAGAGAAGGACCGCCGGGAGGGAAAGAAAAAAAGAGACCGAAAGGGGCAUGCAAAAGGGGAUGGAAAGCGGCAUGCAAAAGGGGAUGGAAAGGGGCAUGCAAAAGGGGAUGGAAAGGGGCAUGCAAAAAAGGAUGGGAAAGGCAAGGCACGCUUCAAGACGAAAAAGCGAAUUAAGAAAAGCCAAAAAAAUAAAGGCAGGAAGAAUUGCAAGAGGCGUUAG